GUUCUUGUUUGGUAUUAUAAAAAGGGCUUCCAGUGUUGAAGUCGGUUUUCUUGAACAACUGAAGAGUGAAGAGAGAUUGAGAUUUGGAAGAUGGUUUGAUGUGAACAUGUGGUUUUUAGCGCCAUUUUAGCAUUAAAGCAUGUGGUGAGAGGCAUCCCCAGUCUCAUUCUCAGUAUGAGUUCUCCAUCAACUCAGCUUGCCACCUUGAGAAGGAUGAGCAUUUAUGAACCAUUCCACCAGAUCAACAUGUGGGGAGACACCUUCCAAGGUGACGCCAGCCCAAAUACUGGUUCAUCCACAAUUGUAGAGGUGGAUGCGAGGCUAGACAACAAGCCCGAAUAUGUUUCUCAUGACUCAAUGGAGCCUUCCAGAAGUGAUCAAGAAGCAAAUAAACCUUCUGAAAAGGUACAGAGACGAUUGGCACAAAAUCGUGAAGCAGCUCGGAAAAGUCGUUUGCGGAAAAAGGCCUAUGUACAACAACUCGAAUCAAGCCGUUUGAAAUUGGCACAGUUGGAGCAGGAACUUGAAAGAACAAGACACCAGGGUAUGUUCAUAGGUGCUGCAUCAGAUGGCAGUCAGUUAGGGUUGUCUAGAAUUGUAAAUCCAGGGAUCGCUGCAUUUGAGAUUGAGUAUGCACACUGGAUUGAAGAGCAAAAUAGACAGAUAUGUGAGCUUAGAAAUGCAAUGCAAGCUCAUAUAACUGACAUUGAGCUCCGAAUACUUGUAGAAAGUGGCUUGAACCAUUAUUAUAAUCUUUUCCGCAUGAAAGGCGAUGCUGCCAAGGCUGAUGUCUUCUAUCUGAUUUCUGGUGUGUGGAGAACUUCAACAGAACGCUUUUUCCAAUGGAUAGGAGGAUUCCGCCCAUCAGAGCUUCUAAAUAUUCUUCUGCCACAACUUGAGCCCUUGACUGAUCAGCAGCUUCAAUGCGUGAGUAACCUUCAGCAAUCUUCUCAGCAAGCUGAAGAAGCUCUUUCACAAGGAAUAGAUAAACUUCAGCAAACUCUGGCCCAGAGCAUAGUAUCUGAUCAAAUGAGUUCAGGGAGCUACCAGUCUCAGAUGGCUGAUGCAGUGGAGAAGUUGGAAGCGCUAGAGAGCUUUGUGAACCAGGCAGAUCAUCUUCGACAACAGACAAUGCAGCAAAUGUCCCGGAUCCUAACAACCCGUCAAGCAGCUCGAGCUUUACUUGCCUUGGGAGAAUAUUUUCACCGUCUUCGUGCUCUGAGUUCACUUUGGGCUGCUCGUCCACGCGAACCUGCCUAGUCUACAACAAUAAGACCUGGAAAAAGGAUCAUAUCUAGGAUGUAUUCUUCACCAGAAGUUUCAGUGUCAGCAGCAAAGGAAUUGGAUACUUGUAACUUUUGUUGCAUGACUACAAUAUGAUCUGUCUGAAUUUUAUUUCUCAAGAGCGGCUACCUCAAAUAUGAACAGGUGUAAAUAUAUAUGAAUUUUGUUUCUGCGCACAUCAAGAGGAGAAUUAGGUUAUUAAGUUGAUGGUUCAUGUGUAAGUAUAUAUCAUCAGAAAGUUUGAUUUGAAUUGGAGACUUAUAAUGUUUAUGAGGAUUGGUGGUACUGUAAAAAAAAUUGUUUGGUUAAUAUGAUUCCAAGCAUUUCUAGAGUGCAUUAAGUUGGAUUUGAAGGAUUUUGCAUUGCUUA